GGGGGCCGUACAAACGGGCUGGCGCCGGGCGCUGCUCGCUGGAGGAGCGGAGGGGAGCGGGCGGCAGCGGGCGCUCGUUGCACUGCCCGCCCCGCCGGCACCGGGAGCGCUUCCCACGGCUCCGCCACCGCCUCCUCCUCCGGUACCGGCACCCACGGGCGCCCAUGGCAUGGCGCGGAGGGCUCUGCUCCACGGCUCCGCGCCCCCGCGCAAAGUUUCCGUUUGAGAAAUACGCAUCCACUCAGCAAAACAAAAACAAAUUUUAAAGGUUGUUCUCGGUGGAAAUCACUCCAUGCCCCAUUACCUGCUUGAGUGAAACCAGACUAAGAACUUCUGUCAUGGCAGCUUUUCUGCUGGGAGCUGUGUUGCUUAUUGUUCAACCUCAGAUAGUGCCUUCCAGACCGGCUAUAAAUUCAAAGGCUGAGACUUCUGCUCAGUCUGUUCAGAGAGAGCUUUUAAAGAAAACAUCUCAAAAAAAUGACUUCAAGGAAAACAUUCAUUCUAAUGGAUCAUGCCGGCAGCUGCCACAGACUAUCAUUAUUGGAGUGAGAAAAGGUGGAACGAGAGCUUUGUUAGAGAUGUUGAGUCUUCAUCCAGAUAUUGCAGCAGCAGAAAGUGAAGUUCACUUCUUUGACUGGGAAGAUCAUUACAGAAAUGGAUUGCGGUGGUAUAUUAAUCAAAUGCCAUUCUCUUAUCCACAUCAGAUCACAGUGGAAAAAACUCCAGCGUAUUUCACAUCACCUAAAGUGCCUGAAAGAGUUUAUAACAUGAACCAAUCUAUGAGACUACUCCUUAUUUUAAGAGACCCGAGUGAGAGAGUACUGUCAGAUUACACCCAAGUGUUCUAUAACCACAUGCAGAAGCACAAGCCGUAUCCAUCCAUUGAACAAUUCCUGAUUAAAGAUGGUGAACUCAAUGUGGACUACAAGGCAAUAAACAGAAGCUUAUACUACAUUCACAUGCAAAACUGGUUGAAGUAUUUUCCCCUUGAUCAUAUCCACAUUGUAGAUGGGGAUAAGCUAAUCAAAGAUCCAUUUCCAGAAAUAGAGAAGGUAGAGAGAUUUUUGAAAUUAUCACCACAGAUAAAUGCUUCAAACUUUUAUUUCAAUAAAACUAAAGGCUUCUACUGCUUAAGGGACAGUGGGAGGGAGCGUUGUUUACAUGAGUCAAAAGGACGAGCGCACCCACAAGUAGAUACCUGGUUACUCGAGAAACUGCAUGAAUACUUCCAUGAACCCAACAAGAAAUUUUUUGAGCUCGUUGGCAGAACAUUUGACUGGCACUCAUUAGUUGCAAGUUAGUGGUGAGCUUCAGAAUCUAUGUUCCAGUGUACAUCUAGAAAUUUUAAAAAGGGCAUUUAUGCUAUAAUUUAUUUGUAAAAAUCCGUAAAUACUUCUGUACAGUAUUAGAUUCACAAUUGCCAUAUAUACUAGUUAUAUUUUUCUACUUGUUAAAUUUGAAAGCAUUUUGUAUUGUUUUUCAUGGUUGUUAACAUUGUGUAUGAUGUGUCUAUAUGAAGAAACUAAAUUAUUUCACUGCAGAAGAUGCUCUCUUGAGAAUGUGUUGUCUUUUUAAUAAAUAAGAAGUUCAUUUCAACAAAACCCUUCAGAAUUAUUUGAAUACUUCAGUCUUUCUGGACUAUUCUGGACUUUCUCCUCUAAUUGCUAAUGAAUAUGCUAAGCUUUACAUUUCUAUUUUUCUUGCUUUAAAAUGUGGUCUAAUUUCUUUUCUCAUCUGAAAAUAUUGUUGUAAUUUGAAAAUUGUUCCAUCCUGCUUUAUAAAAUUAUUUCCUGAAAAAGUGGUACUUCUUGCACAUGUUGGGAUAUGCACAGCCAAAGGAUGAUGGAAGGCUCUGUAUCAUAAAACAUGUUAACAGCUGUACACUUACCUUUAUAGUUAAUGCUAUAACAGUUGCUCCUCAAAUUCUUUGGCAGUACCAUGCUAGUUUCAUGGCAGUUUUUUAAAGAUUCUGUGGGGACCAGCUCAUAAAAAUCCAGAAUUAAGUGCAGAAAUAUAGUCAACCUGAAAAUUUUCUACAGUUGAUGAACGUACAUAUACUUCAUA